AACUUCUAUGAUCGAAAAAUUAUAAUUUUAAUACGUGACAACCUGCGUAUUAAAUUUAUCAACACAUUUUAUGGGCUAAACAUUUGAUUGUUAUCACAUACAGUAAUUGAUAUAUAGUUCUCAACUAAUACAUAGGAAGACUGGCAAGCAUUCAAAUUGAGUUUUAAAUUUGCAUCUGUGGUGGUGGGUGGGUGGCGGACUAAAUUUUCUGCCGGAGCCUCUCAUUUUCAACUUCAAGCCUCACCUUUUGUUGUUCUUGAUGGUUAGAUUUUUUUUUGCUUUCAUUCUUACCCUUUGAAAUGAAAAAAAAAAAAAAAAAAAAAAAAACUGUUUUUAAAUUCUAUCGUACACCAGCCUUCCCCGGUUUUUGGCCAUUCAAGCAUAACAUUCAACCAACGAAGCAACCCAACGAUUUCACGAAAAAAAACCAUUUCAUCAAAAAAUCACCACCAAAUGUCCAAAAUUCAUAGGGCCAGGUCAGAAUCUAAACGGCGCGCGUGAAUAUCGCGUUUAAAUUGCAGGAGCCCCGACCCGACUGAAUGACCCACUGGCCCAACCUUACUGCUUACCCGUCCCUGUCUCUCUAUCCCUAUCUCUUUUAUCUCCUUCUCGUAAAUUGAACGACCUUGUCUUCCUGAUCCCAUUUUCCGAGAAACAAGAACAACAAAAAAACGAAAAAACCCUUCGCUUCCUUUUUUCUCCAUUCAUCAUCUUCCCCACAGAUUUCACAACCCAUUUGAUAUUUUCCUCUUUGCACCACAUUCAUCAGGAAUUCUGAAAUUUCAAAUUCCUUUGUUUUAAAAAAAAUGUGCUGCCACUCUCUUCUUGUUCAUGUCCAUUUGUAAGGUUUUUUUCCCCCUUUGUCCCUGUCCUUGAGAUUAAUUUCAAUACCCACUAAUCGAAUUCCUUUGAAAAUCAAUUCACAUUCAUAAAUUAGUCGCAAUUUGUCUGCAAAUUCAUUCAAUCUCAAUCGCAUUUUGAGGUUCUCUGUUUUUUUUUCCUCUGCAAAAUUAUCCGAAACAGAGGAACCACAUUUAAGAACAGAGAAAUAAAUGGCCCAACAAUCCCCGGUUAAACCGGUGCUCCAGAAACCACCGGGUUACAGGACCCCAAACUACCCGGCCCAACCCGUACCAGGUCCGCCGCCGCCGCGAAAACCCGUCUACCCGCCUACUCUCCGCCAAAAGCAGAAAAAACGAGGGGGCAGCUGCUGCAAAAUAUGCUGCUGCGUCUUCUGCGCCUUCCUCCUCAUCGUCGUCAUCCUCGUCGCCCUCGCCGGCGGGAUCUUCUACCUCCUCUUCGACCCGCGCCUCCCGGCCUUCUACUUGAUAUCGUUCCAGAUCCCCAAAUUCGACGCCGUUUCGAAGUCCGACGGGACCCACCUCGACGUCCAGGCGGUGACGAGCGUGGAAGUGAAGAACCCAAAUCCCAAAUUGGACAUUUACUACAGCGAAGGGUUCGAGAUGUCGCUGAGCAUCGGGGACGAGAACGACGGCGGAUUGGGGAUAGGUACGAAGGAGGUGAAGGGGUUUACGCAGCGGCACCGGAACACGACGUACGUGAAGGUGGAGAGCGGGGUGAGGAACAAGGUAGUGGAGCAGCCGGUGGGGAAGAAGCUGCUGGGGCAGUUCAAGAGCAAGGAGAUAAAGGUGGCGCUGGAGGGGAAGACGAGGGUUGGGUAUGUGAUCCAAGGGUGGAGGGUGGGGACGAUGCAGAUCAAUGUGUUGUGUGGUGGUGUGAGGUUGAAGAAUGUGGAUGCUGGAGACAUGCCCAAGUGCACCAUCAAUGCCUUCAAAUGGAUCAACAUUCGUUGAUAUGUGUCAAGGCUGAUGGUAGAAGAGAGAGUUGGUCAGCUGGAGGAUGCUGCAAUUUUUCAAGCCCACACAUUUGUUACCCAAAGAGUAAAGAAUGGAUUAUCUCCCUAAUCUAUCUUCAAUAUUUAUAAUGAGCCUUUACAAAAAAAAAAAAAAAUUGGAGGGAGCAAAUAUCAUCUUAAAAACAGGCUAACAUUUGUCCCUGUUUAAGCUUUGGAUCAUUCUGAUGCAAUUGGAAUAUCAGUUAAGAAGGGGCCUGGGAAUUGAGUUUUAUUUAUUUAUUUGUUUAAUUUAAUUAUUUAUCAGUUUCAUUAUUCUUCUUCUUUUUUUUUUGUUUCCUUCAUAUUAUAAAGCUUCUUUCUUAUGGUUGUUGA